AGCGUGAUCGUGAUUUUGUGAUCACUGUGAUAAAUCACUGUUAGUGAUUUUGCACGCCAUCCCUAAUGGCGACCAUGGUGAAAGAACAGAUUUGGGUUGACAUGAACGAGCAGAAGGAAUCACAAUUCGACCAAGUCAGGUACAAUUGGGUGGAUAUUACCCAAGAAUUUUUCGAAGCCAUCACAGAGUUGGAACUCGGAGAACUCCUACAUGAUGAUCUGUUCGGAUUAUUCGAAGCAAUGUCUGCGAUUGAAAUGAUGGAUCCAAAAAUGGAUGCUGGUAUGCUAUGUAAUCGGGGCAACAACAAACCAUGCACUUUUACGCAAGCUGUAGAGUCUGGUGCAUUGAAACUGGAUAAUUUGACAACAUUUGAAGUUAUAGGAAUAAUUGACUCAACUUAUGCGUGUAUAGUGUCUUGGCUCGAAGGUCAUAGUUUGGCUCAAACAGUUUUUACUAAUUUGUACCUUCAUCAACCCAGUCAAAUAGUGGACAAACCUUUGAAGACUUUCUGUUAUGCUGUGUACAAAAUAAUUGAAAUAAUUAAGGGUUGUAUUAAUAAAGCAUUAGUAUUCGAGGAAGAAGACUUUCAAAGUGUUACUUAUGGCUAUAGAUUGCAAGAUAUUGCAGAACAAAAGAGUAUAUCCAUGUUACGCGAAGUAGAAGAGGAAUUACAGAGGAAGAGAAGAACAAAACGUAUCGAUGUAGACUCUGAGAAAGAAUGCAGUGGCUUGUUGGCAUUGUAUGCCAGAAUUAGAUUUACCAAAUUAUUUUAUCAAAUAUUAUCGUUAAUGGGAAAGAAAGAGCAGCUACAACAGAAUUUAAACGAUUGUCAUAGAUUGUUAACUACAUGUUCGUAUAUGAUUCAACUUAUGAUACAGACGGUACCUCAUGGAGAGAAUGCCGAUGAGAUAUCAAAUUAUCCAAAUAUUAUGGGAUUCGACCCAAUGGUGAAUCAAAGAUUAUUGCCACCAACAUUCCCUAGAUAUACGAAAAUAAAACCAAGGAUAGAAGCUCUAAAAUAUUUGGACGAAUUGUUAAAUAGAUUUCGAAUGGUUACAAUGAUCACAUACCGGAACGGAUUUCACGCAGCUUUGGACUUUUUUUUAGAAUUCUCGCACCAAAGUCCAUGUAUAUUAUCUAGAUCAAUGUUACAAAUAGUUUAUUUGCCUACGAUAAAUCGAGUGUUCGGUGUACAAAACUUCGCUGAUGUUUUAAAGGACGCGGCGCGGAAUUUCAUCGCGCCGCCGGUUUUAAUGCCAAAGAGCACGUUACUUCAAAAUCAUCAAGCCAAGGAAUAUGUCGAUAGUUUCAUGUCUCACUGUGUAAGCCUUUUUAGUAGUUUAUUACAGCUUACCGGUCACAACAGAGCAAGGCAGAGAAAUAAAUUGGCACAUUUGUUAGAGGAAUUUGCCGCGUUGCAGGACGAAGCUGAAAGGGUAGAUGCGUUCUUGCAUACUUUGUCUUUAAAAAGUAUUACACCCAGGUCGCAUCUAGCUUGUUUUGGAACGUGGAUUUUGUAUCACACGCUACGGAUUAUGGUGAUGUAUUUGUUAAGCGGCUUCGAGCUUGAAUUGUAUUCCGUACACGAAUAUCAUUACAUAUUUUGGUACCUGUACGAGUUCCUUUAUGGAUGGCUUGUAUCUGCUAUAACGAGAGCCGAUACAUUUUUAAAGGAACAGGAUGAACAGAACGAUGCGCGUAAAGGAAGAAGAGCCAGGAAGAAUAAUAAGAAAAAAUCGACGCCCAGACCGUACAAUUUAGAAAUAUUAAUGUAUCAGGCUAUGCAAAAUAUAUGUGGAGGAUAUUAUAAAGCUUUAGUUGGUUUUCGUAUGGACGGAAGAAUACCGCUUCCUGAGAUUCAAUAUGACUCGGAACGAGUUCGAUACGAGCAUAGGUUAUUACCGUUUUUUUCGUUACUGACCCCACCACCGGUACAUUACCAAGAAUUCUUAGACAUGACUAAUGCACAGAUGCAUAAAAGAAAUGAGAAGGUUACUAGUGAAAUGCAGUACUUAGCUGGUUGUCGACAUUUUCAUCAAGCUAGAAAUAUGUUGGAACGAGCAUUGUCUCCUUUCCCCCCAUAUGCUGGUACUAUAAACGAGAUUAAUGAGUUAUUAAAAGUCGCUAAAACGAAUUUCGUGGUUCUAAAGUUGCUUGCAGAUGGUCAUCAAAAGGAUUCCAAAGAACCUCCAGUAUUCGAUUUUUCGUGUCAUCAACAUUUCCCACUUAUAAAACUCACCAAAUUGAAACCCUUGUAAUAGCUCUCAUUUCAAGUUGUAAAUGACAUAUUAUUUAUUUUAGCUUUAACCGUGCAAAAAAUAUUUUUGUGUUGUUGACUUUUAGAUGCCUCCGCCCCACCGUUUAAUACAAUCUUUGAAAGUUCCCAUUCUCCUCUCAUUUUCUUCUUUCUUUUUCUUCCAUGAACGAGUCUCCC